UUAUAAGAGACAGAGAGAGAGAGAGAGAGAUCUCACGCUCUCUUUUUACACAUAUUACUGUAUAGAUCUAACGAUCACCAAGGAAACUCAAUGAUAUAAUGUAUAUAAAUAUGGUACUUCUUGUCAGUGAUAUUCUCGCCGCACAAAGAAGCUUUUAUAUAAAUAGUGUAUACCUUCACUGCUACCAUUUGUAAUUAAUUUAAUAUGAUAAUUUAACGGUGAAUUGAUAGAAUUUUUAUCAGUAUGCAUCGGGCACCGCGGAUAUUACCUUGCCUUCCAGGAUUUAGCUUUGACAAGAACCUUGGUAGAACUAGAUUUCACAAAAGACAAUAUUUCGACAAGAUACACGAUGGAGUAUAUUAUUUAUCGGAGAAGGCAGAUACAAGCGUUUACAGUCGUUAUUCAUCCAUUUAUCCCCGAGGAGAGAUGCCAGAAAUUCCGCCAUGGCUCGAAUAUGAUGGCCAAAGACUCAUGUUCAAAGCAUUUUUUCAAGAAACUGUGCAAGAGAAGUGGAAAACGGCCUUUCACGUUCGCGUGGUGAAUAUCAGUUUUUUUCUAGAAGAUGGAACGAUAAAGAUCGUAGAGCCGUCUGUGGAUAACAGCGGUCUUGAGCAAGGGAUUCUGGUUAGACGGCAAAGAAUACCAAUACCCGAUCAAGUGAAAUACAGAUAUUACGACAUACUUGAUUUAAAUAUCGGCAAGGAACCAGAGAUAUACGGACGAGUGUACAAAAUUGUAGAUUGCGAUAAAUUUACAAGACAUUUUCUUAAUCGUAUGGGAAUAUCAGUGCCCGAUCCUAUUGAUAUACCAAAGGAUCCUUAUUCUGAAGUUCGAAAAGUCGAAGUAUUUCCAAAAAAGCCUAAUCGCAUGGUGGACACUCUUGGCAACUUUUUAAAAUACGAUAGACAAGUGCUUCGAUUUUACGGAUAUUGGGAUGAUACCGAGAGUUUGCAUGGCAUCGUUCACGAUCUCGAACUACAUUAUUAUCUUUCUGAUAAUACAAUGGAAAUCAAAGAAAACGUACCGCCAAAUGCUGGCCAAGAUUCGGGUCCCUUGUUCGUUAAAAGAAUGAAAAUACCGAAAUUUUAUACUGGAUUGCAACCGAUUGGCGCAGAGGAUCAUUUCACGAUUUUAAAUGUCUUAGGCGAAGAUACAAGACAGGGCUAUUACAUGGUGGAUUCUCUUAACACUGGAAAAAUUUCCGCCGAUUAUUACAAAGAUAAUGAGUUGAGUAUUGGAUCGGUGAUCAACGUCUUUGGUAGAAAAAUUGUUAUCACGGACAUGGACGCUUUUACAAAGGAGUAUUACCGGACAAAAUAUGGUUUGGAUGAUUUCACGCCUUUGACAGAACCUCAAAAAGAUGAUGAAUUAUACCAGACGAUAGAAAGAUAUAUACCACCCUACAAUGGUUUUGGAUCUUACGAAGAUUCUCUUGGUAACUGUUUUACGAUGAUACCAAAACCACCCAAGGCAGACUUCAUUAAGUUUUUGUAUCAUGACAAGCAGGGCUUUAAUAGUCACGUCUUGAGAUUUCGAGCAAAAAUGAUAUCGAAAAUCCCAGCUAACGAAGAUAGACAAUUCAUUGUAAGAAUAUUUCUCAUGAACGAUACAAUAUCUAUUUUUGAAUUAGGCAAACGAAAUUCAGGUUUUCUGAGAUCCUUAUUUCAAAAACGAAUGCCGAUAAUGUUGCCUGAUCAAGAUAUUUUCACGAGCAAGAAACCGGAGUGCUAUAAACCACAAGAUUUUUACAUAGGAGCGCGUAUAAACUUAAACGACUUUCAUUUCGAGAUUACGUCUGCGGAUAUUUAUGCCCUCCGUUACAUGGAGAUACAUUGCGACAAGUUUCCAAAAGCAAACAAGAAAUUGAUAAUGGAAAAACUUCGAGAGAGUUUACAACCAGUUUAUAAGGAAUUCAUUCAAAUAUAUGCUCCUAAAGAUACGAAAGAUGAUAUUCGAAUAUUAGAAUAUGAAAAGCUUAAAGAAGCAUUGGGUCGGUAUAUGGGGGAUAAAAUAACAGAACAUGAAAUAAUCACGAUUGCUCGAUACUAUGCGCCUCAUGAGAAGAUCGAGCAUAAAUCCAGAGAGUAUGUGAGACAAUUAUUACAUACGGAACUACAUCGAUUUCUAUGGCAUGAUCUCGAUCGUUUAAAAGAAGAUCUACAUCAUUGGGAUAGAGAUAGAACGGGAUUCUUACCUCGAGAAUUCCUAUAUACCGUCUUGCGCGGUUGUAGAAUUCCCGUCGACGUAGAAUUAUUAAAUUCCAUGCUGGAUCAUUUACACAAAGCCGAAGACGGUAAAAUCGACUAUAACGACUUGCUGCAAUUCAUGAACGCGAAGAUCGAUCCUUUACCACCUGCUGCACCUGUGAAUGUAAAGACAGCACUUUGGUGGGCAUCCGAAAAAGAGCCGGAUUGCGGGGAAGGAAUAAACUGGUGUGAAUUUAUCAAGGAUCUGGACAUAAAGGCAGAAGAGAACGCGACGGAGAACGACAAAGAUAUAGAAACGUAACUCGUACACUCGACAUUGAAAAAAAUUAUGAUUUAAAUAUUUUAUUACCAUAAUAAUAAUCCUAUAACAUAGGAAUGUUUUUCUAUGAAUCUCUCUCUUGAUUGGACAUAUUUUUUGUCCAAAACGAUCAAACGCAUCCGAUAGCCAAUAGAAUUUGCUUUUCAGAAGUUACUAGAAAACUAAUUUUUUUGACAUGUUGGCACGUCUGUCUGACAGGCCUGGAGUUUGCCGCUCUUUUCUGAUACUUUGAAUAUUGCAAUACCUUGAGACCUUGAUAGCUUCUCGAAUCGUGAUAGAUAUAGAUUGUACAAUCCAGUGUAACAGAUUGCGUACGUAUUUCUUAUAAUUGUUAUUGCGUUUAAAAGUGAAAUCUACUCACGAUAAAUUCUCGAAAAUAUUUUGUAAAGUGUUCUAACCUGAACAAAUCGCAUACAGUCGUGUCGUAAAAUCUUCGACAGUAUCACGAUUUCGGUAUCAGUAAUGUUCUUUUUGUAUGCGUGAAAUCGAUCAAAAUCAUUAAUUAUUUUGAGGUCUUCUCUCGCCGAAAUGCAUUGAAAACAUAAUGAGUGCAUCAGGAUCAUCGCCAGGUAUGUACAAUGUCAUCGUUUUAUGAUUAUUUUGUGUAUCGAUGAUGUUUUAUAUUAAGAAUAUUUUUGAAAGCAGUGUAAUUUCGGAAAAUUUAAUUUUCAAUGCUUCAUGUACGCGAAAAAGGAUCUUAUAUCGAACGUCAC